AUAUAGCAUGAAAAUAGAUACUUAGUAUAUUUACUGUGUGUAUGAAUUAUUUAUAUGCACAGCAGUUAGAUUACUAGCUUUAAUGACCUAAAUUUAGAACAUGGUUAUUUAAAUGUAAUAUUGAUAAGAAAGAAGUGUAAACACAUCCAGAGGAAGACAGGUUUAUCAUACAAGAUGAACACCGGGAACGCGACUUUAGACGGAUCAUUACAUGCAGACGAAAUCAGGACAUUACUGUACAACAAUGAAUCGAAAACAACAGAAUUGAAAAUAAAAAAGAAUGUUGGCGAUUUACUUGAAUUGGAGAAAAGGGAAAAUGUAACUAGUACUGUAUCGCCUGAUGGUGGUUGGGGUUGGAUAGUAGUGCUUGGUUCAUUCUUUGUUCACUUAAUAACUGACGGAUUGUUGUAUUCUUUUGGAAUAUUGUAUAUUGAAUUCUUAAAUCAAUAUGAAGGCAGUAAAGGGGAGACAGCUUGGAUAGGUUCUUUGGCAAUAGGACUUCAGCUUGUAACGGGAGCGAUUGCGAGUGUUUUGACGAACAGGUUUGGAUGUCGAGCUACAACAAUCAUUGGUGCUACAGUAACCUCUCUGGGUUUCAUACUAAGCGCUUUUUCACCAAGUCUUUACUUUCUCUAUUUCAGUUUUGGCAUACUUUCAGGUCUAGGUUUUGGUCUCACAUAUUUACCAGCUGUUGUUAUCGUGGCUCAUUAUUUUGAAAGCAAGCGAACUUUGGCUAUGGGGCUUGCGUCCUGUGGGAGUGGUAUAGGAGCUUUUAUUCUAAAUCCCUUAUCAAAGUAUUUGAUCGACGUUUAUGGGUGGCGCGGAACAUUACUCAUUCAAGCGGGUAUUCAACUUAAUUGCAUUUUGUGUGGAGCCCUAUUUAGACCACUAACAAAACAAAAUCAACCAGUACCUCAAGCUGAAAAUACAGAGCGGAAAUUCUUUACACAAAAAGAAAAUUUUAACGACACAAAUAACAUUUUAGAAACUAAUGAAGUAUCAUCAUUAGAGUUAACACAUUUAGCAAGAAGUCAGCAGAAUGAUACCGAGCAUGAACUCUCCGACAGUGUGAACAGUUUGUGCCAGUACUCUUCUGUAUCUAAGAAAAGACACAGCGGAGAACCAGCUUUUCAUUCAGAUAAACAUGAACAUACUUCAUGUCAUUGCAAAGAUGGACCAUUGCAAACUUGUAUAAGGGAGACCUCUUCUAGUCAUAAUUUCAGUAAAGAUGAGAUAUUGAAGCAUGAAGCGAAAUGUUUAGGACAUAAUCUUUGUAGCAUGAUGUCAAAGUCGUGCAAUUUAUCCCAAUUUAAAAAUAUGAUGUUCAUUGUUUACCUUAUUUCAAACGCUUUAAUAAGCUUCAGUCUUAAUACACCUUUCAUAUUCUUAUAUGAUCGUGCCGUUGAGAUGGGCAUAUACACAGAAAGUGCAAAAUGGUUGGGUUCCAUCAUAGGGAUAACAAAUACCGUUGGCAGAGUGUUUAGUGGGAUUCUUGCUGACAAACUGAAGAUAAAUAAGAUUAUGCUAUUCAGCAGCACAAUUAUUAUUGUUGGCGUUUCAACUACCAUUUGUCCACUAUGCACAAACUUUACUUGGCUUGUCGCCUUCUCUUGCGUGUUCGGACUCUCCUUCGGUAUAUACGUUCCACUUAUGUCUGUUGUGAUUGUUGAUAUCUUAGGAAAGCAAAUGUUAACAAACGCAUUCGGUUUACUUUUGAUGUUUAAAGGACUUGCUAAUCUGAUUGGCCCGCCGUUUGCGGGUUGGCUUUAUGACAAAACAGAAAGUUAUAAUGCAGCUUUCAUUGUUGCUGGGAUCAGCAUAACGAUUGCUGGAGUAAUGUUAGCUUUAGUUAUCUGUGUUACGAAACGCAAGCGUUACGACGGAUGUGAAAGUGAAAUGAAAAUGACUAACUAACGAGAAACAUUUCGUGCAUGCUCUCAUGCACCCACACAAGUGAACAAACGAAAUAUUUUUGCUUAUUUGAUGCCAUCAUACCUGUAUUUAAAUUGCAUCAUUUCUUGAUUGAACUACGAAAUGUUUAUUAUUCAGAGUUAUAAAUGUAAAACUAAUGACCUGAAUUUCUAUAUUCGGGAAUUUUUGCGUCGAUUGUAAAAAAAAAGAUUAUAUUUGUUUGGUUUUAUAGCCUUCACGUGAAAAGGGACUUUUUUAAAUAUGUUUUAUGUGUCUCGUUAAAGCAUGUGGAUAGUACAAUGGACGUUUACGUGUAUGUGACUGUUGGUGAACAUUUCGUUGCGUUUUCGUCUACUCAGAUGUUCUGAUACAUUGACCGACCUAUGCAUCCACCCCUUAUGUUAUCAUACUUCUACUUGUGCACCAGAUGGAACUAUAGGUUUGCCUUCCAGAUAAACGUCUAAUGAUUAGUCCGUCCAAAUCUUAAGCCACAUAAACUAUAUGAAGCGCAGUAUCUUUCUUUGAAAGUUCACCAUUGUUAGCUGGAUUGUCGCGCGCAAAAUUCAGGUGCCAGCGGUUAAGGUCAAGGUCAUAAAUAGGCGUCAAAGUUCAAAUUAAAAUAUGAAAUUGUGUAUAGGGACCAUUUAGUCAUCAUUUAUUGAGGGAUUGUUACACAAAUGGUCAUUGUCAUGACUACAUCGGUGACACUUGUAAUAGGUCAAUAUAUGCAAUUUCACCAUUUUCGUGUUAAAUGUUGAAUUCUGCUUAAGCCGGUGCUAGGGGGCUUGGACGGUAACUUGCACUUUCCAGUACCGUCAAUCAAACCGAGCCUGCAACAUUUUAAAUUUUGUCGCGUUGGACUUUCUUUAGGGAUUCUGUUUUUCUCUAUUUAAUAGAAAUGUUCACCACUUUGAGAAGCUGUGUCGCGCGCAUGAACAGGGCUCAUUUAGAGGUCAUUGAAAAAGCUUGUCCAGAGCAAACCUUCUAAAUGCAGGGAGUGAUUUUAAUUGAAAUUGGCAUAGAUGUGUGGUUUGCGAAAUUCAGGUCCACAUGGUCUAGGUCAAAAAUAGGGGUCAAAGUUCUUAUAAAAAUAUGAAAACGUGUCUAGGGACCAUUUAGUCAUCAUUUAUUGAGGGAUUGUAACACAAAUGGUCAUUAUCAUGGCUACAUAUGAGACACUUGUAAUUAAGGUCAAGUAUGUAUGGUCAAGGUCACUAAAGAUGAUGAAAUAUCUGAACUUUGAUUGGAAUAUAUCUGCUACACGCCUGGAGGAAUUUGAAUGAAACUUCAUAGAAACGUUCACUUCUAUGAGAAGCUAUGGCGCGUCUAUGAACCAGGUCUGUAGGUCAGAUGCCAAGGUCGCACAUACAGAUCAUUCAAAAACACUUGCCUUGAGCAUAAUUUCUACAUGCAUAGACGGAUUUUAAUUUAGCUUUGUACACAUUUUGUGAGGCAGAGUAUCAAGCCCAAAAUUCAGGUCUUUGCGGCUAAGGUCAAAAUCACACAUAGGGUCAAAUUUCAGAUGAAAAAUAGGAUGUGUAUAGGGACCAUUAUGUCAUAAUUUAUUGAGGGAUUAUAACACAAAUGGUUAUUGUCAAGGCCACCGUCAUGAAAUUUGUAUUUUAAGUAAUGUAUCAUGGUCAAGGUCACUUAUGAUAAUGAAAUAUCUUGAUAUUGUCCGGAGCAUAUCUCCUACAUGCAUGAAAGAUUUUUUAUUAUAUUUUAUGGAAAUGUUUACCACCAUGAAUGGGAUCGUUUCAGUUCAUCCAGUUCAAAGGUCAUCAAGGUCACACUUAGAGCUUAUUGCUAUGCAUAUCUUUAAUGCCCACAUGUCCACACUUGACCUGAUAGAAUUGUUUACUAAUGUCUCAUACUUAACCUUACAAAUAAUAUCAUAUCAUUUCUACUUAAUGCUGGCAUAUUAACAGGCAAGUUAACAAUCAAGUAAUUUUAUACAAGAAGUAGCGUACUGACGCAAUUUCAUAUAAAUGAUCGCAUUUUCAGCUGCCUGGUUAUGUUAAGACAUUACGUUAUAUGCUAAUGUUUGGUUUUGUCACGGCAAUGUUUCCUCAUAAAACACCAGUACUGGUUACUUGCAUGAUAACUGUUUCUAAUUAUCACAAUCGAGUUGAGAUAAAUAGGUUAAAAGAAAGUAUGAAUAUACUGCAACAUUGAGGUCGUGCUUAUGCAAAAUAUUUGAUGUAAUGAUUGCAUAGUGAAUGUGCAAUGUAAAUGUAGAUAUGAUUUCACAGUCUAUUUUGUAAGUGUAAAAAGAAAGGAUAACAUAUAUGACAAGCAAAAAAUAAAUAUAAUUAGUCUGCAAUUAUAUUUUUAAUUCAUAUAUAUAAAAAAUGAUGUCGCUGGUCAUAAUGUCAGGUCGAAUAAGCUAUUGACUUGUUCGAAGUUGGUAUAAGUAGUCACAAUCGGGUAGUGAUGUUAAGUCUUACAAUUAAUUAUUUUCAUUAAAUUUGACCGUGUAUUGAGAAUGAAUGCAAUAUUUUUCUGGAUUAUAUGUAUGGUCAUCAAAAAUGUUUUCAGUCUUGCUCUGCAACUUUUCUUACACUCUUUCGCCUCUUAUCGUGUAUUUGCUCAUGUUUAUUUUCCCAAAAUAUGCAUGUUUUGUUAGAUUAUGACCAUCUGCCGUGAACGUUUCAUAUAUCAUUUUUGUCGUAACAUUUUCUUAACAACUUCAUAUGUGCUUUAUAAAAACAGUUUAAACUGGCAUAUGCAUAAUAUUUUGUAACCCUGCUUCUUAAACAUUUCAUUGAGCUAUAGUAUAUCCAAAAAUAAGACAUUGUUUAGAUAGCUUGAGGAAAGCAACAAAUCGUGUCAUUCCUUGUCAUUACUAUGAAAAUCAGGAUUGUGACUUUCAAAGGUGUUCUUGUUUAAAAAAAUGACCAAUGUUGGACAAAAUCCAUCUUGAGUCAUUCACACAUUGUGAUGUUCUGCAUGUGUGUUUCUUAUACUUGAUAAACAUAACAGCAAUGCACCAGACUGAUGUGGACAGAUCAUUAGAUGGGUAUUGUUACACAACGAUGAACAGCAGCAUUUAAAAUAAUAGAAAAGAAAGGCGACACUCUCAAUGAUUUGGAAAAUAAUGCGAAUACAACUGUAUCGCCAGAUGGUGGAUAGGAGGGUAAUGUUUGAUUGCUUAUUUAUCUACUUAAUAACUGAUGGAUUACGUCAGAGAUGUAGAUAUAUGCGUACUCAUUUGGAAUAGGGUACCUUGAAUUCCUUAAUUAUUUUGACAGCGCUAAAGGAGAAACAGACUGGAUAGGUUCAUUGGAAACAGGACUCCAGCAUUUAACUGGUAAGAGGUUAUUGUUAACACUUUUGCGUGUUACUUUUAUUAUCAU